AGUUAAAUGUCCUUAGUGAUAUUGCAUGAAAAAAUUAAUAUUUACUUUCUUAAAACUAUCAGAAUAUGGAUAAAUCUAUGACAGGAAGCGGAACGACUGUCUGAUCUUAUGUAGAUAUCUGGGAAUUGUAAUUAGCUAUCUUUUUAAUCACCAUGUCUGAAGUAAAAUUAAAAUAUACUGUUUGUUUUAUGGAUGAUGGAAGAUCAAGACCUGAAUUUGUUUCUCAAGCUACUAACUUUUUUAAUAAUCUGCAACAAAACAAAUUUAUCCAUUCUGUUAUUUCUGAAGAAGUUAAACAAUGUUCCCGAGAAUUCAAUUAUGAUAGUGAUCUGUAUGAAAUAAAUUUUACUAUAGUUUGUAAAAAUGUGCAAAAGAAUAGUGAUAUUGAAAGCUUUGCAUCAUCCAUAAGUAAGGAAUGGUGUGACAAUGCAAGAAGUAAUCAAUAUUUGCAUUGGCUCUUACCUGAGAGAAGCAACAGUUUUGGUUUAAGUCACAAAAGUCAUUGUGGUGAAGCAAAAGCUUCAGAAUUUGCAUUUGGAACUAUGCCUGAUAUGAAGAAUUUUGUGCAGUGUUAUGCUUUUUGUCAAAGAGGAUCUUCAUCAUCAAUCUUAUGCUCGUUUUCACACUUACAAAGACAUUUUAUUCUUUAUAUAUCUAAUAAGCACAAGAGUGAUUGCACACACACUGGAGAGAUGGGCCACAAGAUGAGAAUUAAUUACGAUUCUCUUUUAAGGAUUGUAGCUGAUGUUGAUCCUUCUAAGCCAGCUGCAGAACUUUUUUUGCACAUGGAACAUCCACCAUUAAUUUAUGUAACACAUCGAAAUAAAAAACAGUCUAUACCAGAUAACAUUAGCCUGGAAGAUUCUGAACCUCUGUCUCGUCGUAUAUCUAAAGCUAAAGAAAUGCAAUACAGUACAGAUAAAUUUGAGAGAACUUUUAGCUUGGGCUGUACUUGUAACCAUACAUUUUGUGAUAGUCGUUUAAAGAUAGGCAAGGCUCCUGUUUUAAAGAUUGUCAUCCAAGAUAAGUUUCAAGCAAGAUGGUUAAUAAAUCAACUGAUUCUAAGACGUGCAGAUAAGACAGAAAUAUGCUUAUCGUCAAUGAAUACUGUAAAGAUUCACGAUUCUUUGAAGGACUUUAAAAAAUUUCCUUUAUUUUCAAGUACCCAAAAUUCUGCUGACUCUGAUGAUCAGUUUAAUUGUGAAUAUGCUUGGAGGUCCUUAAAUUCGAAAUCUCUGUUUAUUUUCCAUCAGAUAGUACUAAAAAGUCAACUUGUAUCAAAUUAUGUUAGUGAUUUAAAGCAUGAACUUUCACGUUGUGCAUCUAAGAAUCCAACUGCUGUUGCUAAGGCCUUACUUGAUUUAUCUGAUAUGGUAGAUAAAGGUAUAAUGUUCAUUUUCCACUCAGUUUUUAAAAAGAAAUUUAAUUACUUUUGUGAAUUUAUUGAAUUAAACAAACUUCCUAAAGGUAUGUGCUAUGUUCGCCGUGUUAUCAUUACGCCAUCUAAAGUUAUUUUUUUUCGACCCUAUGAACAUUUUGACAAUCGUAUCAUCAGAAAAUUUGGUGUUGAAUAUAUGCUCCGUGUAUCUAUUCAGGAUGACAAUUUCGAAAAAUUGACCUUUGCUGUUCAGUACAAUUCACAAAAAGAAUCUAUCAUGAAAGAAGUGGUCAGUAAAAUUUUGAAUAGUGGCAUAGCAAUUGGGUCUAGAAAUUAUGAGGUGUUAGCUUGUUCGUCAAGUCAACUUCGUGAGCAUGGAUUAUGGAUGUAUGCUAAGGACAAGCAUGGGAAUACUGCCUCAACCAUUCGGAAGUGGAUGGGUGAUUUUAGUGCAAUAAAAAAUGUUCCCAAAUACAUGGCCAGAAUGGGUCAGUGUUUGUCAACUACUGAAGAAGGGGUUCAAGUUAGUCUAGAUGCUGACAGUGAGGUCCAUUUAGAUGAAAUAAAGUCAAGAAAUAAGCGAUAUACUUUCUCUGAUGGCAUUGGUAUGAUAUCGAUUGACUUGGCUAAUGAGGUUCGAUCUGCUUUAAAGAAAAAUCGAGGUCUUGAUGAAGAUGAAUUUCACUUUUAUAAGCCUUCAGCCUUUCAAAUUCGUUACAAAGGCUGCAAGGGUAUGGUAGCUGAAUACUCCAAUUUACAAGGGCGAGCUAUUGGAAUACGACCAAGCAUGAACAAAUUUGAAUGUAAAACAUCUGAUCAGUUGGAAAUUGUUAAGACAAGUGCACCACGAAGGCUGUUUUUGAAUAAACACCUUAUAACAAUCCUGGAACAAAUGGGGAUCCCAAAAGAAACAUUUCUAGAUUUGCAAAGUGACAUGAUGAUACAUUUAUUAGAUUCAUUAAUGAAUGAAAGUUCUGCUGCUUCACUUCUGGCUAAGACUUUACAGAUGGAUUUUCCUUUUGAAGAUUUGCAUAAAGCUGGCAUUUCUCUCACUAAUGAACCAUUCUUCAGAUCAUUAUUGCUUUUAGUUUUCAAAUCUUAUUCUGCGAAAUUGCAAUCCAGUAUGAGAAUUGCCAUUCCACAAAAGUAUGGGAGGAAUAUGCUAGGUGUAUUGGAUGAAACUGGAUCUUUAAAAUACGGCCAAGUCUUUGUCCAAUAUAGUGUUAGUACUACUUACCCAAAUUCACCUGUAAAAAUUCUUAAAGGUGAUGUGAUAAUCACAAAAAAUCCUUGUCUUCAUCCUGGUGAUGUGCGUAAGCUAACUGCUGUUGAUGUUAAAGCUCUGCAUCAUAUUAAGGAUUGUAUUGUUUUUCCUGCUGAGGGCAAAAGACCACAUCCUGAUGAAAUGGCAGGCUCAGAUUUGGACGGAGAUGAAUUUGUUGUUCUGUGGUAUCCAGAUUUGAUUUUUGAACGAAAAAAUUUUAAACCUAUGGAUUAUCCAGUUUAUGAAGAAACAUUCAUCUCUGAUAAAAUUGAGCUUAAAGACAUGGUGAAUUUCUUUUGUGAAUAUAUUCAAAAUGAUUGCAUUGGUUCGUUUGCUAAUGCACAUCUAAUGUGGGCCGAUUAUCUUAAAGAUGGUAUUUUCUCACGGAAAUGUAUGAAUAUUGCAAAGCAGUAUCCCUAUGUUUUGGAUUUUGCCAAGCAUGGUACUACAAAAUACUUGAAGAAAUCAGAAAGGCCUGAUCAGUAUCCCGAUUUUAUGCAAAAAGGCUUAACUGCCAAUACCUAUUACUCAAAAAGAGCCCUUGGAUCUCUUUAUCGUUCUUCAAGGGUAUUGGAUGCUUGCUCUAGUAAAAUCACUUUACCAGACAUGUCCAAUUUUGAAACUCCAUAUGAUUCUGACUUGAUGUAUCCAGGCUGGGAACAGUUUGAGUCAUCAGCAGAGAAGCACAAACAAAUGUACACAGAUAUGGUCAAUGAAAUUCUGCAUAGAUACGGUAUUAGUACUGAGGCUGAAGCACUUACUGGUUUUGUAGAUUUGAAAUUUGCUAAAAAAUGGCGACAAGAAAAGUCUGAUGCAGUAAAAGUAAUUAAGUCUUACAUGAGAAGUAUUAUGCAGAGGUUUAGGUGUAUUUUUCUUAAAGAAGUGCAGACGGAUAUGGAAAAUGAUGAAUCAAAUGCUGAAAUAAAAAAAUAUCAAAGAGCGUCUGCUUGGUAUAUGAUUGUUUAUGGGAAGGCAAAAAAGACAGCACUCAGUUUUCCUUGGAUAGUAAGUGAUGUUCUUAUCAAAAUAAAAUUAAAUAAGAAUACCCAAGCAAUUCAAUAUAGCAAUUUUGUAUAUGAUAUUGAUUCAGAUAUUAAAUCGUGUGUCUCAUCUGGCAUUAUAAAAUGUGAUUCAUUUGAUUUAUCAGAUUCAUGUGAAUGUAGAUAUUUAACUGAAUCCAUUUUGUUUAAAUGGCUUUCUCAUUCAAAAUUAAAUAUUGGUUCGGGCGAAAAACAAUUUGUAUGCAAAAGUUGUUUUGAUAGAAUCAUUGCUUACUUCCAUGCGAGUUCCAAUAUCUAUUGCUGCAGUUCAUCUGAUAAAAAGGCUUGUAAAUGCUCUGAUAUUUGUUCGCCAACUAAACUUAUUUUGGAAUUUCUGAAAUUUUUCAUUAAGAAGAUCAAUAGCACUAUUGGAAAAUGUAGUGAAAACUGUGAUGGCUUUAUAGCUAGAAAUCUCCAAGAAUUAUCGCUUCAAACUCUUUCAUACUUAGCUAUAACUCGCAAUAUAUAUUAUCUCGGUUUAAACUUCAAAACUGAGAAUUUUACAAAAAGUGCUUGUUUAGAGGAACGGUUAACCGGCAUGUUUGAGGAAGGCAGUCCAUUGAAAAUUCCAGUUAAAACAGAAGUUUUAAAGAAUGUGAUUGAAAAUUACAGAGAUGAAGUGAUUGCCUAUUUAGAAAAAAAUUCUGGUGUGCAUCAUAUUGUUCUGCAGCCUGAUAGUGAUCUGCAUGAUAAUUUAUGUAUUAUUGUAAAUUCCUUGGGAAAGACAUGGCAGAGAUGGAAUCUAGAAGAAAUUUUAUUAGACCCAGAUUUCACCGAUAAAAUUUUAUGUGCACUGGAUAUUGAUAGCUCUAAUAUUUGAUAAUAUGUAAUUGAGAAUAUAUGCUUAGUUUUCAAAAUUGCUUUUUUAUAAUUGUCUUGUCAUUUCUUAAGAUGUUUAUCUCAAUUUUUUAUUGUUUUAGAAUUGAAUUUGCUUUUUCUAAUGAAUUUUAUUUUGGAUUUUAUUACAUGUGCAACAUUUGUAGUUUAUGGUUGUACUUUAAGAUUUUCAAUAU